AUGGACAGCCGGGUGGCUCCCUCACCCCCACCUGUAAUGCAGGGGGGAGUUGAUUCUCCUGUGAAUCCCGAGGCAGCCACACCACCCCCAGACACCUAGGCCCAAGCCAGAUGGGAAGCUCGAGUGAAUCUGCUGGGUGAGGGGGGAAAUCUACAAGCUGCUGGGAAGACUGCCCCUCCUCUCUGGGCACCUCCUUGGGGUUCCGUCAACCCCAUCCAACCCGUGCUCUCGAGCAAAGAGGACGAGCUGCGCUGGCUGCACUUGGCUGAGCAGGAGUAUUCUCUGCAGCACGCCAGGGAGCAGGACUUUGAGAUGAACGGCCAAGCCCUUUGCAUCCUCACCAAGGACGACUGCCCACUCCGCUCCCUGGGUUCAGCUGACGUUCUGUAUGAGUUGCUCCAGUACAUCAAGACCCAGCGGCAAGCUGUAGCACGUGGGCCCUUUUUCGGAAGGGCUUUCAGGCAGAGGGUGCCCACUCAGCCCUUCCCCUGCUGCCUGGAAGCAGAGGGUUAUGUGGCAUCCCUCUCUUCUCCUCCUGAUCUCUCCAUGGAAAUUGCUCUCCUCAGGGUCUCCAGGGACCUGCACACAGGGCUGUUCAUGUCACUCCCAGUCCUUACUCACUGCUGCAACCUCCCAAUUGCUCGGGCCAAAACGCUGGAUCUCCAUGUGGAUGCCCCUGGCCUGGCCAGCUGGCCCCCCAGCAGGCAGGAGUCCCUCAGUUUAUCUCACUGUGUGGAGCUCAGCUGCAGGGCUGAGGGAGUCUCCUCCUUCCCCACGAUGCCACAGGCCCCCACUGAUGGCAGGAUCACUGACUGCCAGCUGCUGUGGGAUUACAAGUAUCAGCUGCUCUCUGACACGAGGUACGAGCCCUACAUCAAGUGGGAAGACAAUAAUGCCAAGAUCUUCUGAGUUGUGGAUCCAAAUGGGCUUGCCAGAUUCUGGGGAAACCACAAGAAGCGGGUGAACGUGACCUAUGAGAAGAUGUCACAUGCCUUGUGCCCCUACCAUAAUCUGAACAUCAUUAAGAAGGAACCCGGGCAGAAACUCCUGUUCAGAUUUCUGAAGACACCCAGGAAGAUCAAUCAGGACAAGGGCAGCAGCAGGGAGCUUCUGGAGAGCCAGGAGCAGGACAGGGUGGACUUCAAGGAGGAGAUGCUGGAAGUCUCUCUGUGA